UCUCUUUUUCAUAUCUUCCUUGCAGUGUCAGCUAACUCAUCUCUCCCGCAUAUUCCAUUUACGUACCUGUUGCGCACUAGUAUACCACUUACAAUGGCUUCAACUUGGGAUAUCAUUUCUUCCGUCCUUUUUUUAGCAGUCUUCAUCGCUGCCGUAUACUUCGGUUCGAAAUUCGCCCACCUUCUUGAUGGCCAAAAAACCUCCACGACAUCCACUCUUCAAUCUCGAGGUGUCUCAUAUGACCCCACCGCUUCUCGAGUAAAAAUUCAGACCAAUCGUGCUGCCCCUAGUCGGGAGGAGUACAUUUCAAAUAUGCAGGGAGCGUUUAAGAGAGGAGCGCACAAUAUUAAGGCACACAGCAAUGCCUUUGCGUUCAAAAAAGGAAGUCCCGAGGGUUCUCCUUCACUUGAGAAGAAGGGAUUCGUUAGGACGAAGAAACUUGACUAAAAUUGUAGUCUCCCAUAAGUCGCCGACAUGACGAUGAUGGAAGUAGAUGAGAGAAGCCCACACAGUACAGACAUAGCAUGUUAAGUCGCCAAUACCCAAAUGUAGCCUUUGAUAACCUAGUCUAAACAUUUUUGCAUACUGCAGCAGAUAACCUUGCAAAAGGGUUCAUAUGCAAAUUAAAUGUCAAAAACUCCAAAAAGACCCAAAAGUUAUCAGUUACAACUACUAUCCUACACCCUAGACCAUACAUAUUUCAUUUUCUGCCCUUUUCACGCUGAAAACCCUUGGUAGGUCCAAUUACGCUCACCGCCACUCGCAUUUUCAUUUCCUCCUCGGUUCCCACCUGCAUGAUUAUCGUUGGGCUUUCGGUCCAGACCGUUACCAAUGCAGUCAAAGAGCGCCCAGUCACUCAUGCCCAUGUUCGCAUCGUGUCCCAUCCCCGAACCCAUCCCACCGCCCAAAUUCAUUCCCAAAGAGAGCGCAUUCAUCCCACCUAAGUCUGUGCCGUCGAGCAUGCCCAUCCCUUCAUUUCCCGUAUUCCACUCUGACCCAUUGUUGUUACCUAUGGCGUACGGAUAUUGGGACUGAGGAUCUUGAAUAUAUGUUGCAGACGCUUGAUGAGAGGCAGAAUAGUCGAAUGUGGGUUCCGAGCCAUCAGGCGCACAGAGGGGGGUUUGCGUAUCGGUAUCAAUACCGAAUGAAGAUAACAGUCUGGAUGAAAAAUCAGUCAU